GUGAAAACGACUGAAGAUAUGUGUUUCAAAUUGAUUAUUCUUUUUGCUACAUUUGGUUUAGCCUCAGGAGCUGGUGUGUUGCCUGACUCUGUGAAUGCAGCUGUUGGAGGCACAGUCAUGUUCCCCACAUCUCUGGCUCCAACACAAACUCCAUUUAUAGCAAUAGGAUGGUCGUUUGGCACAAAAAAUAUCAUCACUUCAAAUUCUGCUGGUAACUUCACUGCUCCAGAGUAUGAAGGCAGGAUCACUGUGUUCAUCUCCACUGGAUCUCUGGAGCUCAGGAACGUGGCUCUUAGUGACACUGGAGAGUACAGUGUUACCCUGAUACCAGCAGAAGGUGCAGCAGUCAUUGGGCUCACUACAUUGAAUGUAUAUGAUCUAGUAUCUAAUGUGAGAGUCACAGUCAGCAGCUCAGACUUAGUGGAGUCCAGCAGUUCUGUGAGUCUCUCCUGUUCUGCUGAUGGGACCAGGCUGCCAACUUUCCUCUGGUUAAACGGCAGCACUGAAGUUACAGCCAGUGACAGAGUGCACCUCACUGAUCGAGGCGCAACUCUCACUAUAGACACUGUGUGGCGCUAUGACCAGGGACCAUUCACAUGUGAAGUGUCUAAUCCUGUCAGUAGCAGCACCAGUGUCCCAACAGAACUCUCCAUCAACUAUGGACCAGAUGAUGUCAUUUUGAGGACUUCUCCUUCUCUUGAUCACUAUGAGGAAGGUUCAGACGUGUCUCUGUCCUGCUCAGCUGACUCCAGACCUGCAGCUCAGUUUAAAUGGCUUUUAAAUGGAGAGCUGUUGUCUUUUACUGGAGCACAGAUACAACUGAAGAACAUACAGAUGAGCCAGAGUGGAGACUACAGCUGUCAGGCUUUCAACAACAAAACUCUCAGAUAUACAACGUCUCAGCCUGUGAGGAUCUCUGUGCUGAAUCCAGUGUCCAAUGUCACAGUAAGCGUCAACAAUACAUUCUUAGUGGAGUUCAACAGUUCUGUGAGUCUCUCCUGUUCUGCCUCUGGCUCCUCUCUGUCUUUCCUCUGGUUAAAUGGCAGCACUGAAGUUACAGCCAGUGACCGAGUGCACCUCACUGAUGGAGGCGCAACUCUCACUAUAGACACUGUGUGGCGCUAUGACCAGGGACCAUACAGAUGCCAAGUGACAAAUGCUGUCAGUAACAGCACAAGCAAAGAAGUCUACGUGCCUAUAAUCUAUGGGCCCUAUGAUGUUACGAUUAUGUGUCCAAACAGACUUGAAGCAGGGCAGUCCCUUGCCAUCUUGUGCUCUGCAGAGUCUGUACCAGCAGCCACUUACUCCUGGGUGUUCAAUGGUGAACAGCAAGUCAAUAACUCAGAGUUUCUUGUUAAAAGCACCAUUGUUAAGUCUGACAGCGGUAAAUAUAUGUGUGAGGCAUCAAACGCAGUCACAGGGAGAUCACUGUCUGUGGAACACACCCUGUCUAUAAGAGAUCCUGGCCUUUCUGAUGGUGCCAUUGCUGGAAUCGUAUUGGCAUGUAUGUUGAUCGUAGGAGUUUCUGUUGGUUUGGGCUGUCAUGUGUAUCAGAGGAAAUAA